CGGGGCUAGAGGACGCCGGUCUCCGGCCGUGGAGGGUCAAGUGGCGGCUUCUGAACGCUGAGGCAGGGGAGCGUAGGGGAUGGUGCCGGCGCUGCGUUAUUUGGUUGGUGCCUGCGGACGGGCCCGCGGGUGUUUCGCCGGGAGCUUCCUUGGGGCGUGCGGGUCGGCGUCUGGGAGGCCCCGACCGCUGUGUGGAGGUGGCCACAGCGCCAGCACCAGAAGAUCCAUAUUUGUUGACCAUCAGGUUAGUGUUAAAGCUCUUAUGUUUUGUAUGAAUCAUGUACUUACUCUUAUACCCUGUUUGUCUUGUUCUGUAGCUGUUCACCAGACUGGACAUAACAGUGGUGUCAUACAUAGUGGAAUUUAUUAUAAACCUGAGUCUCUGAAAGCCAAAUUAUGUGUACAAGGUGCAGCCCUUCUCUAUGAAUACUGUCAGCAAAAGGGAAUUUCCUACAAGCAGUGUGGCAAGCUUAUAGUAGCUGUUGAACAAGAAGAAAUUCCCAGACUUCAGGCCCUGUAUGAGAGAGGCCUCCAGAAUGGUAUCCAGGGCCUGAGGCUGAUCCAGCAGGAGGAUAUAAAAAAGAAGGAGCCAUAUUGUAGGGGUCUAAUGGCAAUUGAUUGUCCACAUACUGGCAUUGUGGACUAUCGGCAGGUGGCUUUGUCAUUUGCCCAGGAUUUCCAAGAAGCAGGUGGCUCUGUCUUGACUAAUUUUGAAGUAAAAGAUAUUGAAAUGGCUAAAGAAAGUCCUUCAAGAAGUAUAGAUGGAAUGCAAUAUCCGAUUGUUAUAAAGAAUACAAAGGGAGAGGAAAUUCGAUGUCAGUAUGUUGUGACAUGUGCAGGACUUUACUCAGACCGUAUUUCAGAGUUGAGUGGCUGCACUCCUGAUCCUCGAAUUGUACCAUUCCGGGGAGAUUACCUGCUCUUGAAGCCGGAAAAAUGUUAUCUUGUAAAAGGAAAUAUUUAUCCGGUCCCAGAUAGCCGGUUUCCUUUCCUAGGAGUUCACUUCACACCAAGGAUGGAUGGCAGUAUUUGGCUAGGUCCUAAUGCAGUUCUUGCCUUUAAACGAGAGGGUUACAGACCCUUUGACUUCAGUGCCACAGAUGUUAUGGAUAUAAUUAUUAAUAGUGGCUUGAUUAAACUGGCAUCCCAGAAUUUUUCCUAUGGAGUUACUGAAAUGUAUAAAGCGUGUUUUCUUGGUGCAACAGUGAAGUAUCUUCAAAAAUUCAUCCCUGAAAUUACUGUCAGUGAUAUACUUAGGGGCCCAGCUGGAGUAAGAGCCCAAGCCCUGGAUAGAGAUGGAAAUCUGGUAGAAGAUUUUGUAUUUGAUGCAGGAGUUGGGAAUAUUGGAAAUCGUGUUCUUCAUGUGAGAAAUGCACCUUCCCCUGCUGCUACUUCUUCCCUUGCAAUUUCUGGAAUGAUUGCAGAUGAAGUACAACAAAGAUUUGAAUUGUAAAUAAUGAAAGGAGCUAGGUAUGCACUGUAAUCUCCAUGUCAGCAACAAGAAUGUACUAAUUGCAUUCUUUAAUUUAAAAAAUGGUUUUUAAAAUUUCAUUUUUAGGUCAAAGAUAACCACUGAAUUGUUAAAAUGAUAUAACAUAGAAAUAAUAAUUUUCUACAAAAAUUAGCUGGGCAUGGUGGCACAUGCCUGUAAUCCCAGCUACUCGAGAGGC